AUGCUGCCAACAACGCGAAAAACACCUAUUUCAUUUCGACCUGCUAGUCGCAUCAAUAUAUUUGAUGUUACCCCUGUCAAAUCCACAGGUUAUAACAAGAAGUAUCCAAACACUAAUGUCAAAUAUUCUGAACCAGUAACCGUAAGGAAUGAAUGCAUUGUUGUUGACGAUGAUAAUGGUGGAGAGCUUGUAAGCAAAGCUAAUUCCAUCGGUUGUCCAUCUCAGAUAACUAGAUCAAAAGUUUUAUCUUUGAAUACAAGGACAACACUAGCAUCAUUCCACGAUUCUUUGUUGAAACUUAAUGCUGCCCAACAAGAUGCAAUUCGAGAUACUGGUUUUGGUUAUCUAUUGGAUUUAACAGUGAAGGAGCUUCCUGGCAGACUUGCAUAUUGGGCACUGAAAAGUUUCAACCCAAAAACAUGUGAACUAGAAAUCAGUUCUAACUUUAGAUUGAAGGUUACAGUAGAUGAUGUUUAUCGUGUAUUUGGUUUACCGAAAGGAGUUCAAAGGAUCAAAAGAUUUGAUCGCCAAAUGAACCAUGCGCUAUUUGAUGAGUGGUUUUCCUUGUUUGGUGUUGGGAAUCGCGAUAAAAUCAAGAUUGGGCUUGUACUUAAUGAAAUGGUCCGUUGUAAGAAUGGAGGAACUUGGUUUAAGAGACACUUCAUGAUUGCAAUGUGCUUCUCACUAUUUGAAAGCUUUUCUAAUGUAACAGUUCACCCGCACAUAUUGUAUACUCUGUUUGACGUCGAUAAUCUCGACAAGUGGGAUUGGGCUGAAUAUAUGCUAAGAAGUUUGGUUGAGAAUAGAGACACAUGGAAUGGCGACGAAUCAAAGAUGUAUAUAGGUCCAUCUUUAUUUCUGGUGCUUUUUUAUGUUGAUCGUAUCAACAUCAGUGGAGCAAUCACUAAGAGAGUAUUCCCCGUUUUGUUGAACUGGUCGAGCAAUGAUCUACGCGAACGCCAGCGAAUAGAAAUGAAACGACAAAGAUUUGGUAUAGGCAGAUUGCGUGAACCAUUGAAAUUGCCGUCUAGGUAUGGUUCAGAUAAUAAGCACCAACCGAAAUCUCAAGCAAGGAUAUGUGUGGUUAAUGAAAAUUUAAUUGAUUACAAUGAACGGAGUGCUAUAUUCAAUUUUGCAAUGAACCAUGAGUUAUGCAAGUAUAAGAGGAGGCCGCUUCAACUUAUAGAUAUGUUUUUCAUACCAGUUACAGUGGGGAAUAAGUAUUUUGCUGUUUGUAUUGAUAUGCGAAGGGAAAGGAUGUUCGUUCUAGACAGUAUGGUUAAUUUGGAUGAAUCUGCCAAUAUGCCAAAGUAUGAAGUUGUAUGCAACUUAAUUCGUAAAUUGUUUGUUGAUUACAUGCAUCACGUGGGAGAUGAGCAGAAAGCGAAAAAGGUGUUUAGACUUAAAAUUCACGUGGCUAAGUUGAAGUGGGCAGAUCAUUUGAAUAAGGAAGACACCGGAGUGUACAUGAUGCGUCAUCUAGAAACUUUCAUGGGUGAUUGUUCUGCUAGUUGGAAGUGUAUGUCGGUAGUAUCACAACUGAGGCAAAUCCGCGUCCUUCGCGUUCACUAUUGUGCUAGACUGAUUCUAUGGGAACAUAACGAAAAGAGGAUACUAGUGACAAAUGAGGCACAGCAAAAUUACGCUAAGAUUAGCAAAGAUCCAACCUUCAACUCCAACAUGAUAUUAAUUGGUUCUUAA